AUGGCAAAAGCCACAAGGAAUAAUUGGUAUAAAAUUUUGACCCCUAUGAAAGUGCAGAUAUCGACUGAUCAGCUUGAUGAGAUCCUAGUAUCACUGCAGGAACAACUGUCGCCACUUACAAGGACAAAAUUAAAACUGUUCAAGACCCUAAGAAAAAUAAUCGUGGCCAACACUGAAAUAAUCAUACCAGCGAGUGAGACAGAAUUGGCUGACAAAGAAGAAAUAAGAGAUCAAAUGAUAGAGAAACUGGCAAUUACGAGGAGAGAGUUGCCGUUGAAGUGUGCUCAAGAAAUAGAGGAGCAUUACAAGAAGCUAGAAAAAGAUUUGGAACAGGUAAUGAUGGAGGAGGAAGAAAAAGAGAACGAAUAUAAUGUUAUAGAGAAUGUACCGGUUGAUUACACGUAUCUUAGAGAUAUUAAUGAAAGUGUACCCGAUAUUAUAUGUAAGUUUGAACGAGCAAUGAGUGUGGUAGAAGAUGCAAGUAAAAACGGAAAGGAAUGCGAAGCAUCGCCAGAAGAUGUUGCAAUCUUAUACUUUUUUAAGUCAUAGUUUCAUGUUGUUUAUAAAAACACUGUGUCCUUCAGUUUAUUCUUUGUUCUUUAUCGUAGUAUUGUGAGAAAAGUGUUUGUUUAUACCUCAGUUAUAUCUCUAUGUUGUAGUGCAUACCAUUUAUGGUAUAUCGUGUAGAUAUAUUCCACUUACAUGGUAUUUUGUUGCAUAUUUUUGAAUGUUGAGCUGUGUGUGGUACUUGUUAG